UUGAAAUUAAAAUAGCGGUCACACUUGUCUUCAGAAUACAUCAAAGAAAAUUUAGUAAACAACAUUUAUUGGAGGGAAAUAAUAUUGUACGCCAGCGGCUUUUAAAAUGAGCGUCGAGGACGAAGUGUUCCGAAUCCAAAAAAAAAUUGGCAAAAUAUCGACAGCAAGCGAUGGCGCGGGACAAGAACAAGCACUCGAUCUAUUAAAGGCGCUGCAAACCUUAAAUAUUAAUCUGGAAAUAUUGACAAAGACACGCAUUGGAAUGACUGUGAAUGAAUUGCGCAAAAGCAGCAAGGACGACGAGGUGAUUGCACUGGCCAAGACACUCAUCAAGAACUGGAAACGGUUCCUCGCAAGUCCGGCGCCAGGCACCCCCAAGGAGAGCUCUGCGAACAAGGAUAAUUCGAGCAGUGCACCGAAAUCAUCGAGUGCCUCCAAGUCGAAUUUAUCGUCAGGCAAGGAGAAAUCUGGCAGCACCAGCAACUCUGCGAAGGAAAAACGCGAAGAAAAGAAACCAUCGUCAUCAUCAGCGCAAACAUCAUCAUUUCCAUCGAGCGGCGGGAUGACUGAUGCCGUCCGCUUGAAGUGUCGCGAGAUGUUAACGAAUGCACUAAGGAUUGGCGAAGUGCCUGAAGGUUGCGCUGAGCCGGAGGAAAUGGCCGCCGAGUUGGAGGACGCCAUUUAUAUGGAGUUCAAAAACACUGAUAUGAAGUACAAGAACCGCAUUCGAUCGCGCGUUGCAAAUCUGAAAGAUGUGAAGAAUCCGGGACUUCGUGGCAAUUUCAUGUGCGGCGCUGUAUCGGCAAAACAGUUAGCCAAAAUGACACCUGAAGAGAUGGCCAGCGAUGAAAUGAAGAAGCUGCGUGAGAAGUUUGUCAAAGAGGCCAUCAACGAUGCCCAACUCGCGACUGUCCAAGGCACUAAGACGGAUUUGCUGAAGUGUGGCAAGUGCAAAAAGCGCAACUGCACCUAUAACCAGCUGCAAACGCGCUCCGCCGAUGAACCUAUGACCACGUUCGUCAUGUGCAACGAGUGCGGCAACCGAUGGAAAUUUUGCUAAACGUCCUUUAAUCCAACCAAAAUAACCUUUAAACUUAAUUCAAAUUAUUACAUACAUAUACGCAAACCCAUAUACUGACACAGACAUACAGAUCCAAUACCUUUUGUAUUGAGGCGCAUUCAAUGACCACCUAAAAUAAAAAUGUCAAUAAAAAAUUAUUGAAAGCGA